GAUCAGGACGCUGCAAUGAAAAUUGCCAUCCGAGAUGUUUUCCCAGAUACCAGACAUCGUUUGUGUAUGUGGCAUAUAAUGAUCAAAGUUUCUGAAAAGGUUGGUACUGAGCUAUCACAAGAUGAGGUUUUUAAAGAAGAUAUAUGUGAUGUUGUAUGGACUGAUGCUCUUGAACCAGCACAGUUUGAGACACAAUGGUGUGAUUUAAUGAUUAAGUACAACCUUACUAGUAACAGCUGGCUGUCUGAUAUGUACAACCUCAGAUCAGAUUGGAUUCCUGCAUACUAUCGUCAUGAACAUAUGUCCGGUCUUAUGCGUACAACAUCUAGGUCUGAGAGUGAAAAUCAUUUUUUUGGUCAAUUAACCAACACAAAAUUGUCAUUAGUUGAGUUUUUGAGCCAUUUUGAUACUGCAAUGGAAUCUCAGAGGUUUAAGCGCAGCAAACGUGAUCAUGAUACCAGAUACACACAACCUCGCAUGAAAACCAAUUAUGAAUUGGAACUGGAAGCUGCAAAGAUUUAUACUCGGGGGAUAUUUUUUGAUGUUCAAGAAGAAAUUCGACUUGCUUGCAAGAAUUGUAUGUGCAGGCGUGAAGAAGAAGUUGGUGAUUCAAUUAAGUUUUAUAUUCUACAGGUCAAUCUUCCUGGCCUUCAUGAGGUUCUUUUUACUCCUAAGGAUAUGGUAAUUAAAUGCAGCUGCAACCGAUAUGAGCAGUAUGGUUUGCUAUGUAGGCAUGCCUUUUGUGUUCUUCGUCUUUGUGGUAUAAAGGAGUUCCCUAAAAAAUAUGUUAUGAGGCGUUGGACAAGAGAUGUUGUUCCAAAAAAGACAAAAGUUUUGAGUUUUGAUCAAAAUGCUGCUGGUAAUCAAGUUGAACGUGCUUCCAGCAUUGUGCGUGAGAUAAUGACUGCAACUGAACAUAUUGUUAACCGUCUUGUUACAAAUAUUGACCUGUUAUCGUUGUAUAGAGACCAAGUGAUCGAGUCGAAGUUGAAGGUUGAUUCUGCUGACCUUCCUGCAGAAUCACUUGACAAGAAUGCAAGAUUAGCUAAUAUUCUUCAUGCUGAUCAGCCAUGUUCAUCGUCUUCUGCUACCAUUCUUCCACCUAGUGGUAUUAGAAACAAGGGGUGUGGUUCAAACAAACGCUUAAAGUCUUUUCGUGAGGUAUCAUCUUCAAGAGUAUCAAAGAAAACUAAAACUAGAGGUUGUUUGAUAUGUGGAGGUCAUGGACAUAAUAGUCGGACUUGUAAGAUGAAGACUACUGUUGCUGAUUCCCAGAAGAGUAGUUAGUCGUGUGUCUUGGAAAUCAUGAUAUUUGGAUUUGUUAUUUUUUUCAUUUCA